UAAAGCUCAGCACUGAUUUGGGGGCCCAGUGCCCAGUGCUGCACCCACCAUGGCCCCUUGCCCUCCACUUCUGCUGCUGCUGCUGCUGCUGCUGCUCGGGGGCCCUGCCGCGCACCCUGCACUGCCCAGGGCCGCACGACACUCAGACGGGACUUUCACCAGUGAGCUCAGCCGCCUGCGGGACAGCGCACAGCUGCAGCGCCUGCUGCAGGGCCUGGUGGGCAAGCGCAGCGAGCAGGACACAGAGAACAGUGCCGCAGGGUCCGAGCCUGUGGAUGGCCAGCUGUGCCUGCUGUGAUCCCACGUGCACACCCUGCAGGACUGGUGA